UUGGUCGAAAAUGCGAUCGCUUGUUCUCCUCGCCUGUUUGUGCGGAUGCGUCUUGAGCUCAGGUGUCCCAGUGUGUCAGCGUUGUAUGUGUUCCUCAGUCUGGCCACUGCAGAUGCAAUGCUACCACUGCGAGGAGAGCCUGCUGGACAACGACUGCUCGUCACCCAGGUUCAUCGCCAACUGCACGGCCAACAUCCAGAAUGCCUGCCAGCAGGAGGUGAUCCACGGCAGAGAUGGAGUGAUCACGUACCGUAAGCAGUGUGCCACUUACAGCACGUGCCUGAUCGCCGAGACAGGCUACCAGUCCUUCUGCAACCCAGGCCACCGUGGCUCCAUAUGCAUCAGCUGCUGUGACACGCCGCUCUGCAACGGGCCGCGCCCUCCCCGUGCCAACCCUGCGCCCCCGACCCACGCCCCCCUCCUAGGCCCCACGCUCCUCAUGCUCCUCGCCACACUCUCUGGGACCCUGCACCCCCUUCUCCUGCUGUGA